AUGCCAGAGAAGACGACAAAGCAACCCCCCAUCCGGAAAUACGGCAAGCAGCACACGAAGCCCAAGCGCAGCCGAUUGUUCGAUGCCCUACCGCAGACGCCGGCACGGAGGCAGCCAAAGGGGGGUGUGAAGCAAGAGGAGGAGGAGGACCAGAAUAAACAACAGGGAAAAGAGGAGAGAGGCGGGGAGGAAGACGGGGUGGCGGUGGCCGCAGAGAACACCAGCAAUGGCGGCUCCGGACAUGAUCAGGAUCCGUCGGGGAUCGCCGGCCUCGAGGAUCUAACCAACAAGAUCUCAGCCAUCAAGCUAGGGGACGAAGAAGACGACGAUGGUAGCAAGAAACCGGUACCGUCAGACCCCGUCCGCGCCACUCCCAGAAGGCGACGGAAGAAGGCCCAGCAAGAAGUCCCGCCAGAGUCACCACCCCACGUCGCGCCGGCCGAGCCGCGAACCCCGAGGGCGCAAAGCCCCCGCCGGGUGAGGCCUACGGAGGCUCCCAAAGCAGCAGCAGCAGCAGCAGAACCGGAGCCAGACCUAGAGCUAGAGCUAGACCCGGAGGGCGAGCUGCAGGUGCUGUCGUGGGACGAGAUCUGCGGGGCGGGGGACACGAUCGUGAAGAUCGCGGAGGCGUCGUACGCGGAGGUGUACCGGGUGACGAACGGGCGGGGGACGAGCAUCAUCAAGGUGAUCCGGAUGCGGUCGGCGCUGGGGGCGCCGACGCGGGCGCAGCGGCGGGCCGGGCUGGUGGAUGAGGAGCCGCACCCGGACGCGGACCUGGUCGGCGAGCUGCGCAUCUCGGAGUGGCUCGCCGACGUGCCCGGCUUCGUCGUCUACAAGCAGCGCUACGUCGCCCGGGGCCGCGCCUGCCCCGCCCUGCGCGCCACCCACCGGGCCUUCCACCGCCGCCUCCGCCGCCAGGACCCCGCCCGCCUCCAGUUCUACCCCGACCCCGCCCGCUACCUCGACGCCACCCGCUUCCUCGUCGUCGAGCUCGGCGACGCCGGCGCCGCCCUCGAGGACUUCCCCCUCCGCUCCCCCGACCAGCUCUGGGACGUCUUCCUCCACGUCGCCGUCGCCCUCGCCCGCGCCGAGGCCCAGGUCGAGUUCGAGCACCGCGACCUGCACGAAGGCAACCUGUGCAUCCGGCGCGUGCGCGACCCGGCGCCGGCGGAGAAGCGCCGGCGGGGCCGGCCGCGCCGCGACGCGCCCGCCGCGCCGCGGUUCGGGCGCUCGGGGCUGGAGGUGACGAUCCUGGACUACGGGCUGUCGCGGGCGCGGGCGGCGGGGGCGGGGCGGGCGGUGGCGUGCGACCUGGAGCGGGACCUGUCGCUGUUCGCGAGCGAGCACGCGCCGCAGUGCGCCGUGUACCGGCGGAUGCGGGCGUUCCUGCUGGGGGGGCGGCCGACGGCCGCGGCCGGCGCGGCGCUGGCGAAGUGCGACGCGCUCGACUGGACGCGCCACGAGCCCUACACCAACGUCCUGUGGCUCGCGUACCUGUACGGCUGGAUGGCGGCCGCGUUCGCCGGCGCCGCGGCCGACGCGGCAGCCUUCCGCCGCGACACCGCCGAGCUCUGGGCCUACCUCGACCCGGACGCCGACGACGGCGCGCCCGGGUUCGCCUGCGCCAGCGACGUCGUGCGCUUCGCCGUCGAGGCCGGCUGGAUCGCCGAGGAGCAGCUCGUGGGCGCGCGCGACGCCGACGCCGAGCAGUCGAUACUGUCGGUGCUGCCGGCGACGCCCGACGACGAGGAGAGAGGCCGAGAUGCGGGCGGUGAGUCGGACGCGGACGCGGAGGGUCUCGCGCCGGCGCUGGCGACGCCGCUGAGGAGGUCGCCGAGGAAGCCGAGGCCGAGGGCUGCGUGA